AGAAGUGAAUUAUAUUGGAGAAGACCUUAUAUGAAUCUCUCAUGAAAGUCCCAUGUACAGUCUACAGAUAGGCUAGUUCUAUUACUAUAAAUUUGUAUAAAAUAAUCUACACUUCAUCCUCACAAUAUUGACUGAAUAUCUGCUAAAGUUCCUGAAAAAAGAAAUUUAUAUUUACAACAUUUCCAGCAUCUAAAUCUUGUUGAAGAGUUUUAAAAAAUUACAAAAGUUCCUAAAAUAAGAGAGUAAUAUUUAUAACAUUUUCAAAUUUUGUUGAAGUGAUUUGGAAGACAGUUUUUGUUUUCAAUUGUUGUUGUCUCCAAUUUUUAAAGUUCCUGUUUUAUUUUAUUUGUUUGGGUUAUCUUCUUUCAUAUGCAGUAUUCCAUUAUCAACAUUGCAAUUCUUGUAAAUCUAUUUAGUUUCUUCGCGGUGUUUGUUUCAUCAAAGAAGAUACCCGACUACGUUCCAGUAUGCAAGAAAAGCAACCCACAAUUCGAAAAAUGUAUACUAGAUGCCAUUGAAGUGGUAAGGCCGCAUCUCAGUAAAGGAAUUGCAAAAAUGAAGAUCCCUCCCAGCGAGCCUCUAGUGAUUCCCAUGUUGGAAAUCGUUCGAGAUUUGGAGUCUUUGAGAGUGAACGCCAAACUUAAAGAUAUCAAAGUCUAUGGAGUGACUUCGUUUGUCGUGAAGAAACUGAA